GAGAUAUAAACUUCAAAAGGUGCUAUUAUUGACAAUUGCCCUUUUAAGAGUUUAAUCUAUAUUUUAAAAUAUUGGAUACUCAUUUAGUUCUUAAUUCAGUUUCAGUCCGAAAAUAUAAGAUUCGUCAUUCUGAUAUUUAUUUCAGUUCUGAAUAUAUGUGUCCAGACCUACAGAAAACGGUAACAAUGAGAAAUAUUUUAUUGAUUGUUUUGUUGUUGCCAACAACACUAAGAGUUAAAAAUUACAUUCCUUCGGCUUACAGCUUUAAAGUAAGUAGAGUAUAAAAGUUCAACACUACAGAUUACAGUGUUUAAUUUUUUUUUGUGUUAGUCACAUUUUGUCAAAAAUGUUGAAUACAAGGAAAAAUGUUAAAAUGACAUUAUUUAUGAAAAAUAUGUUUUUCCACAAAUAUUUGAAUAUCAUAAAGUGAUUGUCUUAGAUAGAUAAUGCAAUUUAUAACUUACAAUCCACGCCAAUAAGAUCGUUACAAAACGUUAAAUACAUGCAACGUGAGGUAAUAACUCUUUUUUAAGGUAAUAAAUAACUUGUAUUGCUUUGUUGAUGCAUAUUAGACUUAAAGUCAACAUCUUGUUGGUAUAGGAUGAUCAUUUCAUGCAAAACAAUCCAACCACAUUUAGUGCCGGUUCUAAACUAAUAUUUUUACAUUGUCACAAGUUUUAUAUUGCUAAAUUUUAUAGAGAGUAUACAUUUUUUGGUGUUACAAAAUAAAUUAUAUAAAAAAUUUAGGGACCACUUGUCCUAUCUGCUAUCAAACAAGGCCCGCCACAUUGUUAAGGAGCAUGAGUUAAGAACUAAUUUACAUUGUUCUGGUUCAUAGCCUAAGGAGACUGUAUACCUAAGGAACAUGACUCCAAAGUGAAGAAAAAAAUUAUUAUCUCUUCACUGCAAGUCUACAACAUGCCUAAAGUUCAAUGACCACUUGUCCUAUCUGCUAUUUUUUUUUUAAUUAUACAGGGGUAUCUUGACUCCACAAAAAUAGUCCAGACUAGUCACGUAUUGCCACGUAUCGGUCCUCUGUCCCUGGCUAUCAAACAAGGCCCGCCACAUUGUUUAGGAGCAUGAGUAACUAAUUUACAUUGUUCUGGUUCAUAGCCUAAGGAAACUAUAUACCUAAGGAACAUGACUCCAAAGUGAAAAAAUAAAAUUUAUUAAAGGCAUCUCUUCACUGCAAGUCUACAACAUGCCUAAACUUCAAUGAAAGCUGAAGCCAUAGACAUUCACGGAUGUCCAUCAUCACUAUUGGAAACAUCAUUUUCUCGCCCUCUUCAGUAAAGACAUCAUCAGCUUAGUUUGGUCUAAGUACAAGUUUAAGUUUUCUUGGUGUAAAGAAUUGCUAUUAGUGUAUGAUGUUUCAGCGAACGACGGCUAUGGUAGACUUUCGUCCUUAUAGUGUCAUCUAAACAUUGUAAACUGUGUGCUCUUGUUUUAUUUUUGUAAUGUUAAUUACACAAUUUCCUUUUUCAUCAUAAGAUAUUGCUGACGAGAAACAAAAACGAAAAGGUUGUAAAAUCAAUUUAGUACAUAAAUGAUUAUACUUUCGACCAUAUUUUUCUUGCUAAAACAUAAAGAAAAUAUUUUUUUCAGCCAUAAUAAGGAUUUGUUUUUGUCAAGAACAUAAAUCCUGCAGACUUGGAUUAGAAUUACUGGUGAUAUGCUAGUAACAUUAACAACUGGGUUUCAAAUAACUGUCUACGUAGUAUUGUAGACAGCAACAUAUCCAUGAAAGAAAGAAAAGUCAUCGAAGAUUACUUCAAAAUUCAAAAUGCUUGCAUGACAAUUUUUUUUUUCAAGAACAAAUCACGCCUUUAAACAAUAAUCAUUUAUGCUGCCACAAUUCACGGCGUUCGAACACUAAUUGGAUAUGAUUAUAGGUGGUUAUUUAUCCUUUUUGACAUUUUUCAUUUGACCCUUACAAACUAACUUCGAGUGUUCCCAUCCAAAAUCGCGAACCAUCAAACUAAAAAUUUAGCAUCAGUUUUCUUUUUUAAGUAUUAGAAAUAUCAUUCGUUUUUCUCAAAAUAGUUUGAUCGGGAUUGUUAGUUAAAAAGGUCAAAGGUGGUUAGUUGAUUAAAAGAAAGCUGUUGGAACAAAAGGGAACGUCAUAGGAAUAAGUGGUUCCCAUGUGGCCUGCGUCUAUAUCGUUAUGUACUCUAAUUUUAUUUUCUUGUUGAAGUAAUUGAGCGUAGAUUUUGAGCCAAUCUCGCCACAAAUUUCUACCAAAGUUAAAGUCCAUAAUUAACUCAGCUCAUCAUUAUGUUUUUCAUUUAAUGGUGUUUUUUAAAAAGUGACCCUCCUCAGUCCUCAUAGAUAAUGGCGAUGGAUGUUUUCUAAAAGAAGACAACAGAAGUUGUUACGUAUACCCCCAUCACAUUCUUGACAAAACAUCCCACAUAACGAUACUUCACAUCUUAUAUGGGCACUAAUUUGAUAGAUUGGAUGGUUAGUUCCACAUAAAUAGACGGUGCCACACAAUUAUGAUUUUUGUAUGAAAAUGUUAAGAUUUCCAAAUGUAAUCGACGAAAAUCAUAUUAAUUGAAGAUUCAAAGCCAAAAAUGAAUAAAUGAUUUUGGGAUGAAUGGUGUUUAUUUAACUGUUGCGUGACCGAAUUUUUCUCUAAUUAACGUAAUACUUUUGGUAAGGCAGAUGGAAAAAAGCAUCCUAUAAUCGCAAAAGAAAAGAAAGUAGGCCAAUCUCUAUGAAAUACGGAAAUAAACUUCUUAACUACUGCUUUGAUCUCCAAUAUAUAGAGUAUCGAGCAUUUGUGACGCAGUAUAAAACAAUGCUGAGUACAUAAUUAAGUCUACAGUUCCUUUACGAUGUAGCUGAUCAUCAUGGUAUGUGAAAAUAUAUUAGCCUAAAAGGCUAAAACAUAAUCAAUAAACUCAACAUAUAUCAGACAAAAUGAUUAGUAGCAACCAGGAGCGGAAUCUAGUAAAAAAAGGUGUGGAUGCACUUGCCCCCAUUAAACUUUUUAAUACUAUUUGUUAAAGCAAAUUGUUAGAUUAGCUUAUUUUUCUAUAAAGAUGUUAAAGUACCUAGAACUAAUUAACGUUACAUAUUUUACACGACAAGACAACAUAUCUAAAAUUUACUUUAAAUAUGAUCUUAAUAUAGAUUGAUAGCUACUCCUUCCCUCUAGAAAGAAAUAUCUUAUUAUUUAAUAUUUACGCAUAUUAAAAAUAUAAUAAAUAUUUACAAUUAAUUAUCAACUAAUAGUAUUUAAUCAAUUCAAAUAUUUUUAAUUAAUAUUUUUUAGAAUAUAUAUAACUUAUCGUUAUUAACCAUUAAAAAUACUUUAAAAUUCUAGAAAAUAUAUUAUUUUGAAACAAAAAAUAACUCUAGAAAAUCAUACUUUUGGGUACGGAGAGAGCAGUAUGUUACUACUGGUAAUUUAGUAAAUUCCACAAACGGAUGGGCAAAAUUGUCAAAUAAACUUUAUGCUGCCUACAUAAACAGCCAACCAUUCAACUAAACUCUUUGCCAGAACAAGAAGGAAAAACAGCAAAGAAACUCUAAAACUAUAGUGAAGAUGGUAAGCCAAAAUCUUACGGCGACGUUGCUCCUCUUCACCACCUUUCUCUUCAUUUCCCCAUCAAUCUCAGACGUUCAUUCUCCUCCACAACUGAACUCAACAACCAACGAUCUAAUUUUCAUCCGAACAAGCUGCAACGCUACUCUAUACCCAGUCCUCUGCUUCAACUCUCUCGCCGGCUACGCCUCCGCCGUUCAAAACAGUCCUGCGAGGCUAGCAAAACUCGCUAUCGGAGUUACCAUUUCAAAAGCUAAAUCAACGGCUAUUUUGCUUUCCAAGUUCUCGCGCUCAGCAACCAAAGUCAAAGACUGUGCUUCUUACCUUAAAGACGCACUCGACGAGAUGAGAGAUUCUCUCCGAACACUACGCAACAUUAGCCGCGGAGUAGGCAUUGGUGCGGCUCCGUCUUCUGUGGAGAGGUUUAGGUUCAAGAUGAGUGAUGUGCAGACGUAUAUGAGUGCAGCAUUGACGUAUGAGGAUACAUGUACGGACGAAUAUGAGGAAAUGGAUGAAGCUGGAGGGACCAAGACGGCUGUUUAUGAUCGGGUGAAUAAUCUGAAGAGGUUAACUAGUAAUGCUCUUGCGCUUGUUAACAGUUAUGCCAAUAAUGGAGCUCCAUGAGAUGAGAUCAUGAAAGAGUUUUUUUUAACUUUUAAUUUAAAUGUUUCUUCUGAUGAUUUUCUUUACUUUGUUAAAUAUUUCUUUUGAUAAUUUAGUAUACUAUGGGUUUUAAACUUUUAAUUAUAAAUAUUUCAUAGUUGAGUUCAGUGUGGAUUUGGAUACAUGUUAUAUUGCCAGAUUUUUCGUGUGAUUUAUUAGGCAACAUUAGCUAUUAUUCAUCA